CCUUCUUCUCUCUCCCUCCUCCUCCCCCCUCGCCCUUUUCCCCCGCCGAGCUCCACCGCUUCCCUUCCCUCUGCCAGGCGGUGCCACCCGGGGAGGAGCAGCCCCUCCGUUAGCCGCUGCCACCCGGGACGGGGCAGCCUCUCGGCAAGCCGGUGCCACCCGAGGCCGGGCAGCUUCCCUGCUAGACGGUGCCACCCGGGACGGGGCAGCCUCUCAGCAAGCCGGUGCCACCCGAGGAAAACUCUUCAGGGUUACUAAAAAGGGGCCAGGAGCUGUCGGGGAAACAUGGAAGACAAGAGACGGAGGAACCGAGUGCAGGGUGGCUGGGCUGGCUUCAGCAAAAAGCCAGCGGCUUUAGAGCCAGCUGGUGUUGGCAAGAGCCAUUCCCACCAGGGUGCUGGACAGGCCCAGCUGGAAAGGGAGCAGCUUCCCCCAAAAAGACAGUUUUUCUUCACUGAACCUACAGAGGCGGUUCGCAGAGCCCCAGAGCCCCGAGUGAUCGACAAAGCUGGGGUGUAUGAAAUCAGUCCGUCGCCCACAGGCAUCUCUCGGGUCCAUUUGUAUCCUGGCUUCAUCGACUCAACAGAAGCCGACAGGAUAUUUGAACAACUAUGUCAAGAUAUUCCCUGGAAGCAGAGAACUGGAAUCAAAGAAGGUAUAACUUACCAGCAGCCAAGACUAACAGCCUGGUAUGGGGAACUUCCAUACACAUACUCCAGGGUCACGAUGGAGCCAAAUCCUCACUGGCACCCGCUGUUGAGCACGUUGAAGAAUCGCAUCGAAGAGAACACCGGCCACACCUUCAACUCUUUACUUUGCAACCUGUACCGUAACGAGAAGGACAGCGUGGACUGGCAUAGCGACGACGAGCUCUCUCUGGGGGAAUAUCCCGUCAUCGCGUCGCUCAGCUUUGGGGCCAGCCGCACCUUUGAAAUGAGGAAGAAGCCUCCACCUGAAGAGAACGGGGACUUCACUUAUGUGGAAAGAGUAAAGAUACCUCUAGAUCAUGGGACCUUGCUGCUGAUGGAGGGAGCUACCCAAGCUGACUGGCAGCAUCGAGUACCCAAAGUGUACCAUGCCAAAGAGCCUCGGAUAAACUUGACCUUCAGAACUAUUUAUCCCGAGGCCAGUAGGAUGCAACGGUGACUCAAGGACCGUGGCAGAACAGCUGUUGAUAUUGCGCCUGGAUUGAUCAAGUUCUUCACCUAGCGUGACUGUGGGUACUUUGAAGAAGGGAUCCAACAGGGGACUGUGGUCUCAAAGUGGCUGGGUGGGAAAUGAGAUUGGAAGUUUCCCGGUGUUUGCUGCUCUCUCCUUGGCACCAAUAAAGUCUGGUUAAGCGA